AUGGCAGCCGAGCACCCAGGACUGCCACCCACCGGAACCCGUCCGUCGCUCUCCGUGUGGUCCUCCAAGGCUCCAACAAAAGGUUUUCUGGUUGGGUUAGACUUAGACCCGUCCCGGGCCACUGCACUCAGUUCCCUCGUUCUCGCUCCUCCUUCCCGCCCCCUCGCCUGCAGCUUUGUGCCGUUCUCCGUCGCUUGCUCCAUACCGCCAGCGGCGGCCCUGCGCGCCACACCUGCUCCGGCUCGGAGCUCCGCGCCGCCGCCACUACUUGCUCUACACCACCGCCACCGGUCGAAGCUCCGCGCGCCCCCCACAGCUUGCUCCGCACUGCCGCCACCGGUCCCGCGUGCCGCUCGGAGCUCCGCACCGCCCCCGCUGCCUGAUUCGCACCACCGCGGCACCCCCUCCGUCCCAUCCACCGCCGCCUCCGUGGCUCCGUCGCGCAGCCUCCUCCGACGGCCCCUCCGCCGCGUCGCCAUGGGAUAUAGUUACUCCAGAGUGUCGCUGGCGCCCGCUCUGGCGAGCGUGCCAAGAAGGCAGCGGAAGGCGGCCGCGAGGCCUGAGAUGCGCAACGGCUCCAGCUCACCGCUCGCCCACGGCCUCACGGGCACACGUGCGGCGACAUUGGAGAUCGAGGCGGCAGGACGCGAGGCGGAGGGCGUGGCUGGACUGGACGCGAGCAGCUAG